UCGUGAUGUGUCGUGUGAUUAUCGCCGUAGCUGAGAUAAUUAUGAUUAGCUCAACCGUCUAAGUGAGAAACUUGUAGCUGUGUAAGUGAGAUACCUGGGAUUAACUCAAUUAACUGUGUAAAUGAUAUACUUGUGAUUAGCUCAAAAAAUUGUGUGAGAUGCUUGUGAUUAGAGGUUUAGGCGAUAUACUCAACGGUUUGGAGGUUUGUCUUCAAACUUUGCACCACUAAAAAUCAAAAUCGCGUGUCUGGCACCUCCUACGACACGCCCUUGCUGUGAAGAUUGUCACAUUUUAGGUGCAUCCUUUUUUAUUUCUUUUGCUGCAGAGACUGGUGGUGCCAGUGGCCUAGUCUCAAAACGUACAGACAUAGACUGAUAGUGCCAGUGGCCUAGUCUCAAAACGUACAGACAUAGACUGGUGGUGCCAGUGGCUUAGUCUCAAAACGUACAGACAUAGACUGAUGGUGCCAGUGGCUUAGUCUCAAAACGUACAGACAUAGACUGAUGGUGCCAAUGGCUUAGUCUCAAAACGUACAGACAUAGACUGGUGGUGCCAAUGGUCUAGUCUCAAAACGUACAGACAUAGACUGGUGGUGCCAAUGGCUUAGUCUCAAAACGUACAGACAUAGACUGAUGGUGCCAAUGGCUUAGUCUCAAAACGUACAGACAUAGACUGAUGGUGCCAAUGGCUUAGUCUCAAAACGUACAGACAUAGACUGAUGGUGCCAAUGGCUUAGUCUCAAAACGUACAGACAUAGACUGAUGGUGCCAAUGGCUUAGUCUCAAAACGUACAGACAUAGACUGAUGGUGCCAAUGGCUUAGUCUCAAAACGUACAGACAUAGACUGAUGGUGCCAAUGGCUUAGUCUCAAAACGUACAGACAUAGACUGAUGGUGCCAAUGGCUUAGUCUCAAAACGUACAGACAUAGACUGAUGGUGCCAAUGGCUUAGUCUCAAAACGUACAGACAUAGACUGAUGGUGCCAAUGGCUUAGUCUCAAAACGUACAGACAUAGACUGAUGGUGCCAAUGGCUUAGUCUCAAAACGUACAGACAUAGACUGAUGGUGCCAAUGGCUUAGUCUCAAAACGUACAGACAUAGACUGAUGGUGCCAAUGGCUUAGUCUCAAAACGUACAGACAUAGACUGAUGGUGCCAAUGGCUUAGUCUCAAAACGUACAGACAUAGACUGAUGGUGCCAAUGGCUUAGUCUCAAAACGUACAGACAUAGACUGAUGGUGCCAAUGGCUUAGUCUCAAAACGUACAGACAUAGACUGAUGGUGCCAAUGGCUUAGUCUCAAAACGUACAGACAUAGACUGAUGGUGCCAAUGGCUUAGUCUCAAAACGUACAGACAUAGACUGAUGGUGCCAAUGGCUUAGUCUCAAAACGUACAGACAUAGACUGAUGGUGCCAAUGGCUUAGUCUCAAAACGUACAGACAUAGACUGAUGGUGCCAAUGGCUUAGUCUCAAAACGUACAGACAUAGACUGGUGGUGCCAAUGGCCUAGUCUCAAAACGUACAGACAUAGACUGGUGGUGCCAAUGGCUUAGUCUCAAAACGUACAGACAUAGACUGAUGGUGCCAAUGGCCUAGUCUCAAAACGUACAGACAUAGACUGGUGGUGCCAAUGGCCUAGUCUCAAAACGUACAGACAUAGACUGAUGGUGCCAAUGGUCUAGUCUCAAAACGUACAGACAUAGACUGAUGGUGCCAAUGGCUUAGUCUCAAAACGUACAGACAUAGACUGGUGGUGCCAGUGGCCUAGUCUCAAAACGUACAGACAUAGACUGAUGGUGCCAAUGGCUUAGUCUCAAAACGUACAGACAUAGACUGAUGGUGCCAGUGGCCUAGUCUCAAAACGUACAGACAUAGACUGAUGGUGCCAAUGGCUUAGUCUCAAAACGUACAGACAUAGACUGAUGGUGCCAAUGGCUUAGUCUCAAAACGUACAGACAUAGACUGAUGGUGCCAAUGGCUUAGUCUCAAAACGUACAGACAUAGACUGAUGGUGCCAAUGGCUUAGUCUCAAAACGUACAGACAUAGACUGAUGGUGCCAAUGGUCUAGUCUCAAAACGUACAGACAUAGACUGAUGGUGCCAAUGGCUUAUAGUCUCAAAACGUACAGACAUAGACUGGUGGUGCCAAUGGUCUAGUCUCAAAACGUACAGACAUAGACUGAUGGUGCCAAUGGCUUAUAGUCUCAAAACGUACAGACAUCUUCGGUCUUCUCGUUAUGAUUAAUCCACCGAACUUGCUGCUUCGUAGCUCGCUCCGCCGGGGCCUCCCUAAUUAUGAAGAAGCGAUGACGACAUGGGUUCCUCGCUACACCCCCUUCACUCGCUACCCUAGAAUUCGUUAAGGACAGUUGUCGUCAGGAUCCAUGAAAUGAGGCUUGUUCAACCAAUUGCUGAUUUAUUUAUUUUUACAUCAAGAAGUGUCUAUUUAUGUGUUUGUCUGUUAAGUUAUGGAAUGAUAUCGAGGCCAAAAGAGAUCAGAGCAAUACAAACAUCCAGCAUUCACGCUGAAGAAAUUCUUCCGGUCCUAAUCUCCCGAAACAAUGGAUUUGAUGAACCAACACAACAAUGGACAUAGCAAAAAAGCUGUUUGAUACGUGGUGUAGAGAUUCGGACGAUCGCAUUCAGAAUGAUGUAUACAACUGUCUCAUCGUGGCAACCCUACUCAAAUCUGUAUCAAAUAUUGCCGUCUCAAAAGCUGAUGAAGUUCAAGUAUAAAUAUGUAUGUCCACUGCCCACCUUCUAGAUAUCUCAUCAUAGUUACUAUUACAAAAUAGAAAUUAAAUGGUGCUCAUAUUUUCAUCGGCCUACAGUUAUGAAAGGGUUGAACUUCACCGGGCUGCAGCGACGUAGCACUUGCACAGUGUGGUAUGCUAAGGGUUACAGCGAUGUAGCACUUGCACAGUGUGGUAUGCUAAGGGUUACAGCGAUGUAGCACUUGCACAGUGUGGUAUGCUAGGGCUACAGCGAUGUAGCACUUGAACAGUGUGGUAUGCUAACAAAUCGUUUAAAAUCUAAUUUUUUUCAUCUGCCCGUAGUUCAAGUUGAUUUAAGAAUGGCAAAGCCGCUCUCUCAAUCGAUUUCAUAUUGUUAUUGUUGUUGUUGUUGUUAACUGCAUUGGCAUCGAUCGCUCUGAGUCACUCCACACUUGGUGUCACGCCAGAACUUAACUGGAAUAGUUUGGUUUGUAUUAGAGCAGUGGACGUGCUAGUUUAAAAAAUACUAAUUCUUGUGGCAAUAGCACAUUUGGCUCGGCGCCAAUAGUUGCGUUUGCACCUUUGCGUGUGUUGAGUUUUGGAGUGGGCCUUCAUCUGGUAUACUGUGCUGAGCUGUAAAUCUGAGCCGGGCAGAUGGUAUACUGUGCUGAGCUGUAAAUCUGAGCCGGACAGAUGGUAUACUCUGCUGAGCUGUAAAUCUGAGCCGGGAAGAUGGUAUACUCUGCUGAGCUGUAAAUCUGAGCCGGGCAGAUGGUAUACUAUGCUGAGCUCUAAAUCUGAGCCGGGCAGAUGGUAUACUGUGCUGAGCUGUAAAUCUGAACAGGGCAGAUGGUAUACUGUGCUGAGCUCUAAAUGAGCAGGGCAGAUCUAAAUUGGGCAAAUGGUAUACUGUGAUGAGACUUAAACUGGGCAAAUGGUAUACCGUGCUGAGAUCUAAACUGGGCAAAUGGUAUUCUGUGCUGAGGUCUAAACUGGCCAGAUGGUAUACUAUGCUGAGACUUAAACUGGGCAGAUGGUAUACUGUGCUGAGCUGCAAUCUGGGCAGAUGGUAUACUGUGCUGAGCUGCAAUGUGGGCAGAUGGUAUACUGUGCUGAGAUCUAAACUGGGCAAAUGAUAUACUAUGCUGAGGCUUAAACUGGUCAGAUGGUAUACUGUACUGAGGCUUAAAAUGGGCAAAUGGUAUACUGUGCUGAGGCUUAAAAUGGGCAAAUGGUAUACUGUGCUGAGGCUUAAACUGGCCAGAUGGUAUACUGUGCUGAGGCUUAAACUGGCCAGAUGGUAUACUGUGCUGAGGCUUAAACUGGCCAGAUGGUAUACUGUGCUGAGGCUUAAACUGGCCAGAUGGUAUACUGUGCUGAGGCUUAAACUGGCCAGAUGGUAUACUGUGCUGAGGCUUAAACUGGCCAGAUGGUAUACUGUGCUGAGGCUUAAACUGGCCAGAUGGUAUACUGUGCUGAGGCUUAAACUAGCCAGAAGGUAUACUGUGCUGAUGCUUAAACUGGCCAGAUGGUAUACUGUGCUGAGGCUUAAACUGGCCAGAGGGUAUACUGUGCUGAGGCUUAAACUGGCCUGAUGGUAUACUGUGAUGAGGCUUAAACUGGGCAGAUGGUAUACUGUGAUGAGGCUUAAACUGGGCAGAUGGUAUACUGUGAUGAGCUGCAAUCUGGGCAGAUGGUAUACUGUGAUAUCUGCAAUCUGGGCAGAUGGUAUACUGUGAUGAGGCUUAAACUGGGCAGAUGGUAUAUUGUGCUGAGCUGCAAUCUGGGCAGAUGGUAUAUUGUGCUGAGCUGCAAUCUGGGCAGAUGGUAUACUAUGUUGAGUUCUAAAUAUGACAGAUGGUAUACCGGUACUGUGAUAUUCACAUCAUACGCUCAGGGCCGUAAUGAGGAAAGACUAUGCCAGGGGUGAAGUCUGAAAAUGGCGCCCUCAGUAAAUAGAAAAAAGUGCCGACCGUAGCGGACUUUGGCGCCACUUGUCUUUGUCCACUAAAGUGGAUCUUAUCGUUGAAUGGACUAUUUAAGUCCUUGCUAAAGGCGGUUUGGGUCCACACAUAGCUGUUCAAACUAACACUUUGGCGGUUCUACUAUAGCCCACAACAUGCAAGUUAAGCUAUAUUAUUUUAUAAUAUGAAAUGGCCCGUCUGUUAAUACAGUAAAUAUCAGAUACGCCCUUCAUGGAGACCAGACAGCCAAACACGGAUUUUUUCACUAUGUUUAGGCAGCAAUUCAUAGUCGGAUCUGUCAAUAGUACUCAAUACUAACGGCUAAGGUAGGUAGGGGCAGGUGCCAGUGAACCAAAGGUAUAUAAACUGUGCCUGAGGAUGCCGUUCAUUAUGGGUCUACGAAUAAAUGCCCUUCAUUAUAAUGCACCUACAAUGGAUGAUAUAACAUCCCCCCCCCACACACAUGUCGUAUGUACUUACAAUUAAUAUUCAUGUACAUGGUUCUAUUUUCUUCCCCUCUGUAUCACUUAGGACAUUGUUCUCUGCCUAAGAGACAGUAUAUUCAACGUUAUGAGCUGAGCUAAGUUGUUUCGUUUCUCCCUUAUUUUAAACUUGCCAUCGUUUGUUUCAGCUGCAGAAGAAAGCUGUUGGUCGACACGCUUGUUGUUUUGUGGUGCCCUCUAUCUUAAAGUGUCUUUCUUGUUUACUUAUUUCAAAAGUUGAUCGCACAGGAGUCUCUACCAUAAUAUUCAUGUUAGCUAGUGGGGCUAAUGGUUUAGUAAUGUUUUACGCCCGCACUGAUGUGUGUGUGUGGGGGGGGGGGGGCGCUAUAAUCACUCACUGCAAUUCCCAUUCAUGUUGAUAUUUCCUGACUUAAUGUGCAGCCGUGCAAGGAGAAUGUUUUGGAUUCUAUUGGAGGAAUAAAGAAACCUAAAAACAAUGAAGCCCAAAUCACACACAAACAUAGACAUUUCUUUUAAAGAGUUGACCAAAACACUCCAGUCUUAUGCCCGCAUUCCACACUACGACCUCGGGCUUACUGCAACAGGCAGGAAACGGAGUCAGACAUUCGAAGGGUUUUGUAUUGUCAUUCGUACAUUGUCAGGGCUAGACAAGGUCAAGGACAGGACCACUGUGGGCACUUUGGCACUACAGGUAAAUAGUUGAGCUUUGAUCUGGCUUCAAUUUAGUCUUCUGGCCACAAGAUCUUUCUCAUUCUUUGCUCAUAACUUUAAGAAAGGUUUUUUUAAAAGGGAUAGGAUAAAAACAAGUCCUUGAAGCCUAGAGCUAACACUAACCAGAGAAACAUGGGCACAUCAGUUUUCAAUGAAGGGUUGAAGAAUUUUGAUGAAAAUGAAGGAUUUUCUACCUCAGAGUUUCCGAAAUCUUUUUUAAAUUUAUUUAACUCUUUUUUUUAAAUAAUUUUAAAAUUUAUUUUUUAAAGUUUUAUUAUUAAAUGUUCAAUAUUACUCUAAAAAAUAUUGAAAUGAAAUUGUUCAAUGUAUGAGUUGAGGGGAUUCACAGUUGAGGAAUCUUAUUAUAUAUACCCAUAGUGUUGCUUUAUUCCUUUGUUUCUCAAACAGGCCAAGUGCCUCCCCUAAACUGAAGGAAUCUGCAGAAAUCAUACAAGGUUUUUUGAGAUAUAGAACUAAUAUUAAAUGCAAAGAAAGAUGUUAAUAAGGAUACACAUUAAUUGCUUUAUUGGGUUUCCCAAGACAUGCUUAUUUUCUUUCAGGUUUCUGAAACAGCAAAAAGGUUGAGUUUUUUCUGCACAUGUCUCGUGGCCUGUUGUUUUAACACAAAAACCUUCCAUCUCUGUUGUGUCCACAGCUUGAACAGGGUAAUGUCCAGUAUCAAGUGUUGGUCUGUCUCUAUGACAUCACAUACAGACAGUUUUUUGGCAGGCAAUGGAAAGGGCCAGUGGUGGCACCCAGGGGAAACAAAUUGCAGUACAAUAAGGUUAAUGUCAGAUUGUCCAUUUUAUAAUACUGAGCCCUCAAGAGCCUGAUAAUUUUCUUUUAGAGGCAGACGUGUUUGAGACGGUACAUACAAAAUUUCAACAGCAUUUUUUAAUAUUAAAAAAUUGUAGAAUUUUUUUAAUAGAAAUAUUUUGCCCUAUUCAUUAGCUCCCAAUUUAUGCUGUAUAAUUGACAGAGGUAUUCCUAUCAUGUGUUAUUAUCAACAUUUUACCAAAAUAUCCUAUAGACAAAAAAAUGGAUUCAGGCCAAGAAUACAAUGAAACUUAUUUGGGACCUGUAUCCAAAGGUUUAAGUUAUAUCAUAUUUUGCAAGUUGUUUUGGUUCUGAAUAUUAAUCCUGUAUUUCUUUGGGUCUUUUAUUUUCUGAACACUUUUUAGAGCCUGUAUUUCCACACCAGCAUAAACAACAUAAAUGUGGUGGCUGUUAUCGAGGUGGUUGCUCACACUAUAGACACAGAUGGAAGACCACACAGAGUUUCUUGUGGGUGGGGGUUUAUGCGCCCUUUUAAUCACGAGGGAGACUUGCCGGACAGCUCCAGGGGGAUUCAACCAACCACUCAAAAGUAGGAAUGCUACUAGAGCAUUGAAAUUCACUUUAAAAAAAAUUUAAAUGAUCAAUUUCUUUUAGCUGGCUAAAGAUAACACGAUUUUUAUGUUUUAAAGCGAAUAUAUUUUUCCUAUCUAUUGGUCUUAUAAUUGGCUUUAGGAUGGUUUUGUCACAUAACAAAAAACAAUAUAGAAAUUUUAUUGUGUCAUUUAAUUAUUAUUUUUCCUCAGAAUUCCUUUAUAUCAUGGAACGCCACGUGCCUUGUAUUUCCUUGAGGAUCCAAUAGAAAGUAAUCAAUUCAUCCUUAUCUUAAGAUUAUUAUAUAUUUCACCUACCCAGAAAAAUAAUUCUGAAUCUUUUAUCCUUAUUUAUAAAUAUUCAAUAAUAACUAAUCCAUUGGUUUUUUUUAAAAAUUACAUCAGCUGAAGUGGCUUCAACAAACAUGUGCCUGUAAUUGAUUUAUUAAUACGGAUAAAUGCUUCAGUCUUAAUAGGCUUAGAUUUUUUUAUUUUUUGGGUAAAGAAAUUUAGAUGUAGGGUGUUCAUUUAAAAAAAAAUUCAAUUAAUGAAAAUAAUUUUAAUUAAUUUUAAUUGUUCUUGUAUAUCCAUAACAUUGUUUAUAUUAUUUAAAAAAAACAGCACAACUUUAUUACUGUUUAUCUAUAUUACUAACUUGACAGACAACCCCUUGCUGACCACUAUUGAAGAAUGUCAAUUGAGCUGUUCUGUCAUGUCCCAGAAAUCAUUGCUGGGUAUCAUGCAUCUAUUACCUGACAACACCCUGGUGGACUCUCAUGAUAUUGUUCCUGGAAUGGUGGAUGCUCCUGGUUGGUACUUUUUACUCAGGGCAAUAAAAUUAAAUCUAAUUUUUAAUUAUGGAUGAUGUGAUUUUGUUGCUACUUAAACAGUAGACUAAACUGGUGUAAGCACUGGGGUAUGUCCAAAUUUUUGGAAAACAGAUCAGCUUGCCUGUGGUUGACACCUACUUUUUCCAAUUUGGGUUGGUUCCAAAAUCUUGUUUGUUGUUUUUAAACUCAAUGACAUUAAGUUGAAUAGGGCUAAUCAAAGCCGACCUUAUAAUAUAGUUUUGAAAAUUAAAUGUAUACUUUUACUCAGAAUAUUUAUUUCCUUUCAAUUCACUGUAUCGUCCCCCAAACCACGUUUACUUAGCCAAACUUUGACCAAAACAAAUCAUAUGAAAGGCAAAAAUGAUUUGAACUAAUCCAUUUGCUCUUUUCUCUCCAAAAAUAAAUAUUUUUUUCCUUUGUGUUCGUACCCCACUGAGAGAGAGCAUACAUAAAAUUUAAUCAACAGAAAAAAUAAAAUAUAAAAUCUUCCUACAAAUCAGUUUUAAUAAUAACUUAAAUGCACAACUAAUUUGUGCAAAUAAUCAGCUGUUGUCAGAUGCCUAAAUUAUAACAAAUAAUAAACUACGAAACUUUAAUGUGUAAAUAUUUUAAAUUAAAAAAUUGCUUGAGUUAAGUUUAUUGAGUUAAGUUUGUACUGGACAUAUGAAUUUUUUAAAUGGUUUUACACUGAAGCUACACUACUUAUUAAAAAUAUUUGUGCUUAUGCCUGUUAGAGUGCUUGUUCUACAAAGCAACUAUCAAGCAUAAUUUGAUUUUAUAUGUAAAUUAAGGGUCCUAUAGUCAUUAUACACAAGAAAUUAACUUGUCCCUUUCUAUUGUUUUUUGCAGGAUCAGACAGAUUUAAAACUCCUGGUCUUCUAAACCAGGUGCCCAUAGUUAUUGAUGGCUUGAAUAUCCGCCUGCAUCCAAAUGUUGACAAGUUUGAAGCCGAGCUGUGUGAGCUGAUGAACGAGGAUAAGUCACUUCGAGAAAACCGCCAACUGGACACUGCCCAAGUGUCCAUUGUUGAGAGGAGACUUCAAGUGAGUUAUUGAUAUUAAUAACACUGCAGCCAUUUAGGUUUAAGAAAAUAUAUCUGAUUGAACCACAGCAUGAAAUUGAUAGACGUAUGUAGAUGUAAUUUUUGAGUGUGUGAAAAUUUGAACUUAUGCUGUAAUGGUGUUCAGUCAAUGGAAUUAUAAGUGAAAUAAAUUAAUUUCUAACAGACUAGAAAUGAACAAACAGUGUUUAUCGCUGCGCUCAUUUCCUUCUUUAAUUCUAGAAAACAAUAAUUUGGAAGAAUGGAUUACAAGAAAGACCUUGUUUGUUUUUAGUGUGAAAAUUAAUUGGACAAAUAAAAAUAAUUUUUUUCACUUUUGCUACUGGCACUAUUUCAAUAUUAACUAGACAAGAAAAAUUGAAGUAUGUAAAACACAUGAGAGAAGUUACAAAACAAAUCAGAUGAUAUUAGAAAUAGCUAAGCCAUCCAUAUUAGGGUAGGUUAUGUUGAAUGUUUUUAAGCUGCUUAUCUAAAAACCAUUUCCAUCUUAUUCUAGGUUGGUGUACACAACGGCUGGUGCUAUAUUGAAAAGCCAAAUGUAUUCCAGCUUGAAAAAGUGUCAGGCAAUGAGAGUAAGAAGCCUGCAGCCAGUCCCACAAUUAGGCGAAGCAGUCGUUAUCAUACAAGGAGAAACAGCACAGGAUCAUCAGUGUGAGUUUACAGAGUUUACUCAAUGAAAAUUUUAACAUGGUACCAACUGGCUACACUUCCAACAACCCAAAACUAUCUCAUCUUUGAGUGAGCUCAGGACCCAUUAACUUCAUUAGCUCAUUAUUGUUCUAUUUUAUAUUUUUUUGUAUCUUAUGUAAAAUAAAAUUUAAUUGAAAAAUUUUUAGAAAAAGUUUUAAAAAAAUAUAUAACACAUUUCUAAGCAUAAUCAGUUUCAAUUAAUUUCUUAAAUUAAAAAAUAAAAAAUCACCACUGUCCAUUAAUUUGUUCUUAUUCAGCACAUUGAACAGUGGUCAUGCGAUCUUAGUGCUAAAGAAUAAGAUUGAAAUACGUGAACUGCUUGAGGAUCCCUUGUGUUCAGUUGUUUUCACACUGGAGUAUGUCAUAGGAGAGCCACUAUCAGCACAGGAAAGAAAGGUUAGAGGUUACGUGUUUUAGUUAUUAACACUGCUUUGCCAAUAAUAACAAUUAAUUUUUUUAAAAAGGAAAAACUUUUGAACAUUAACAUAAUGCUUAAUGCUUGUUCGUGAAAUGUUUUUGAGAAUUCAUAAAUUUGAAAAGAAAAACGGCCAAUUAUAAGAAAUUGAAAUAAGUUUAACUGAUGUUUGAGUGCUCUCACUUGGACUUUUUAUAAUGCUGAAUAAGUUAAAUGAUAUUGCUGUGUAAUAUUUUGUAGUAAUGCAGAGGGCUUUUGGUACCUAUGUAUUGUCACAAAAUUGUGAUUGCUUCGUUCUAUAGUUAAAAAAAGGACCAAUGUCUGACUAGAAAUAUUACUCUAUCACCUGGAACGAGGAUGAGUUGAUUAAACCAUCAAGUUUUGAUGGUGUAACCCUUAUGUUAGAACUGCUUCUACUGGAAAUAUUGCUGCUAUCAGUUAAAACAUGUUUCUACAUCUUGAAUUUUGUUUGGAUUAAAAAAAAAGGUUCAGAAUGAUGAAUACAUUAUUAUUUCUGAUGAGAUAAUUUUAAAAGAGAAGAAUUGACUUUAGUUAAAUGUUUGAUAUAUAUUUUUUUCUACAGUAUUAAUAGAAUUAUAAGUUGAGUCUUUUUAUUUGCAUUGUUCACCAGCAAACACACAGCCUGACUCGUGCAUAUACUCGUACAGUUCAUGUACGUUGGACCACUUGGACACCUUUCCUACACCCCAACACACAGGAUGUAACCAUGGCUUUGGUGGGUGGGCCGCUGAGAUCCCCAGAUGAUGCCCUUGUGUACAAGAUUCCAACAACCUCCAUGCAGGAUGAGAACACUGCCGUAGCUGCCGGGGGACUCUUAGCAUUUCGAUGGGCUAGAGAUGGGGUAAUUUUAUACAUAAUCUCAGAUUCUUAGUACAAGUUGUUAAUCUAUCUAAAGUCACAAUAUUGUAGACCAUUGUUUAUCAACACCAAAUCCAGGGACCAAGGCUGGCAGUAUCGGCACUGUGGGGUAAUUAGUUGUUGCUUAUUUUCUUAAUUACUGCCUCUCUUGUCCUAAUGGGCGUUAAGGGUUUGAAAUAAUUUUUUUUGUUGCUACCAUGGACUGAUUUAUUAAGAAGAGAAAAUUAGACGAUGCCACAGCUGAUGACCAAACUAAAACUCAGAAUCAGUCGACUGAAGCUACAGUUAGUACCUCUUUAUGUGAGUCACAGCUAGUACCACAUAAUGUGAGUCACAGUUAGUACCACGUCAUGUGAGCCACAACUAGUACCACGUCAUUGGAGUCGACAGAAGCUACACCUAGUACCACGUCAUGUGAGUUAACUGAAGCUACACCUUGUACCGCAUCAUGUGAUUCGACUGAAGCUACAGCUAGUUCCACGUCAUGCAAGUCAACUGAUCCUACAGCUAGUUCCAUGUCAUGUGAGUCGACUGAACCUACAGCUAGUCGCCAGUUUGCCAAACUUUGUGAAAGCAUGGAAGCGGACCAUGUCACACUUAUCAAAUACACAGACAUACAAUGGCUAUCUCUUAGAAAAGUUUUAUCUUGUUUCUACGAGCUCAGAGAGGAGAUGCUGAUGUUCUGUUCUCAUGAAAACUUAAAGGAUUUCGAAGAAGUAAUGAGCAACUAUUGUUGGUGUUUCAACCUAGCUAAUCUGGCCAAUAUAUUUCAUGAGUUGCACAUUUUGAACAUUGGAAUGCAAGACCGCAAGGAAAAUAAUCUUGACUUCAACUGACAGAAUAAAGCCAUUUCUGAAGAAAUAGAAGCAUGUCUCUAGUGGACAUUUGGAAAUGUUUCCCAGUGUUGUUCCAAGAAAUUACCAAGAAAUUAUUCCAUUGAUUGUGACCCAUUAGGAUGCCCUGUACAAUAGUCUCAGCAAAUAUUUUCCACCAAUAUCUGUUGAGCAGCACAACUGGGUUAGAAAUCAGAAUGUGGAAUUUGAACCACGCCAAGGACAGUAUAUUUUUAAGUAAAUGGAGGAGCUUGUUAGCGCUGCAAGGGACAGAAUGCUGAAGCUAAAUCAUGCAGAGUUGAGCUCUGAUGCGUUUUGGUUACUUGUUGAAAAUGACUACGUGGCUAGUGGCUAUCGCUGAAAAAGCUUUUUGACUUCUGUUGCAGUUUUCAACCUUUAUGUGUGUUUUCGGAUUUUCUGCUUAACCACCAUCAAACUUAAAAAAGGAGACUAACUUUUGCUUGUCAAAGAUGAAAUUCAGAAGUCUCUCUCAAAUAUUUGCCCAGGAAUUUAACUGCUUUUAGAAAUCAUUAAGCGCAAGUUUCGCCCUGAAAUGUCUGCUACUGCUAACUGAUGCUAACAGGUAGCAAUAAAGUAACUUAGUAACUAGAAAUAUCAGCUACUCUGGCUACAAUUACAGUGUUACACACAUACACAUGUAUCAAUCUACUUGUUUUCAUGCAUAAGGAAGUAUAGGAAAAUUAUGUUUCUGUCCAUCUGGAAUAGAGCUAACUCUUCAGAAAGAAAUCUAAACACUCCAAAGAGUUCCAUUCCACUCUGGCUUAACUAAUCAACAAAAUUAAACCAUAAAUUUGAGAAAAAAGUACGUUUGGAAUACUAGGUGGAAUUAGGCAAUUCUGAGACUGUUUUUUGCUAGCUUUUAAUAUAAUUAUUGUGCAAUGCCUCAAGAUCUGUACCUAUUGUCUAAUUGACAUUUAAAAUUGUAAAUAUAUAAAAAUCCCAGGAGGCCAUAAGCGCUGGUCCUAUGACUCUUGCUGUACCAGCAUACCCAGCCAUUGGCUCGGCCAUCUCAUUGCGCAGUGAUGUAAGUGAAGGCAUGAUGUAUGAGACUGGUGCAUCAGGUGACCCAGUCCACAGAAAACCUCCUCAAUGGAAAAACAGGUGUGUAUCUGCUACAGUGCCACUUAAAGGCAUUGACUUGUCAAUAUUAAUGAUGUACUUUGCUAUAUAUUUUAACAAAGUGUAGAUAGAUCUCUCACAGAGAUUUGCGAGGCUCAGAAAGUAUUAAAAGCCAUUGUUCUACAAUAUAGAAUUUAUUUUAUCAUAAAUUUUCAUGUAACAGUAGAAUAUUAGUAAAAUUUAUUAAACAUAUGUAUGUUCCAGAAAUAUAUGAAUUUAUUGCCUACUUUCUUGAAUAGCUCUGUAUUCAAAUUAUAUAUUCAGUAGCUUAAGCAUAAAAUCAUUCAGGUAUAAUCAAAUCACUCUUCGUGCAUACCAAAAAUUAUUUUUAAAUGAGUUCAUUUUUUAUGACCAAGGUAUAGGGCCUCUGUUAGAUUAGAAUUAGGGGAAACUUUGUGUCUAUGUCAUAUAAAAAGUAUUUCAAUAAAUGCAGCCCAUCAAUAAGUUUUAAAAGGGAAAUUACAUAUCUUUAGAUUUUAAAAAGAGUUGUAUGUUUUCAAAAUUUCUUGUUUGACAAAAAUAGUAUCAACUUUUUAUGCAGUAAAGAGCAAUAAAAAUGUAGCAAAAAUCAUCCCAUUUAGAUAGAUAAAUUAUAUAAGUUGACAUAAACGAGAAUUCAAGUAACACCAAAUAUAAAGAUAAAACCAUCAAAUUCAUCCUCAUGUGUUGAAUCUGAAAGUUUAUAUAAUUUUUAUCUUUAUUGUAACAAACCUGAAAAUAAAAAAACUCAAGAUUCUUUAAUUCUUUUAAUUAUUUUUAUCAUAUGACAAAAAUGUUUUAAAUGUUUAAACAGUACUUUUAAGGAAAAUGUCAAGUCUUAUCAGAUUUUUCUCAGUAGUUUCUGUCAAUCAUUAGGAUGUGAAUAUUGAAAUCUUUCAGCCAACAUCGCCAGAGUGUUUUUUCCACUAGAAGUCACCACAGUUUAGGUGGAGCAUUUUCAGAUAUGCCAGGUUUUUUACCAAACCGGUUAGCCAGAACAAUAGUUUACUGUUUGCUGUGGUCUGAAUCUAAUUUAGAAGUGAUGUUAUUAUAGAAAUCUUUUGUUUUGCUUCAGUAUGCGUUACCCUUUUCCUCAGUUUCCAAAAUUGUUUCAAAAUUUUUAUUUGUACAUGUAACAUGCUUUUUACUUCAAAAUGUUUGUUUUAUCAAACCGAAUGAUAAAGGGAGUUUACCAAAUGCCCUCAAUUCUCACACCAUAGUAUUAUGCACAUUUUUUCCAUCAGUCUGUUUGAUUUAAUGUGCUUGAGAUCUUAUGACCUCUCUCUCAAUCUCUUAAUUUUUUAUUUGUUGGUAUUUUUAAUGCCCUGAAAAGCUGUAAACUACUUGUAUUGAGCUUGUUUCUGUUACAACAAUAACUAAUAAAGGUGUAGUAUUAUAUAGGCAAUACUACUGUGUUUUAUAUGUUUGGGAUGCAGACCAUAUUUUUCACUGUUCUGUGGUCAGAAAUAGCAAUAAUUUGAUGCUGCUUAACAUAUUGAUGAAAGUUAUAAAUUAUUAAUAAUCUUCUACAUCACUGAAAACAGUAGUAAAUCUUAUCACUGCAGUCAAAGAACAAUCUUCUUCCUCACAGCAUCCAUAACCAGUUAUACCACUGUAACCAGCCUCAUGUAGGUGCUACCUCCCCUGAUAAAGAUCCAGACUUAUCCAGCUCUAAUGAUCACAUGACUUAUUGCUCCUCUUCAAGCUCAAUGCUAAACACAAUGUGUGACUAGUUUAGAAUUAAUUCAAUUGGGAAUUUAACAUGUUAUUUCUAUUUGUGUUUGCCCUUUCUUUUUUAUUAGGCAAUUUACACUUCAGCUAUCUGCAUUGAAAUUUAGAAGAAGAAAAUACUAAUUGGAAAAAAUGAAUCUUAAGAGAAAAUAAAAAGAUUCAUUUGAAUAAUAAAAUUAAACAAGGUUCACUUAUUUGCAUAAUCAUGGAAGAUAUCUCUGUUUAACAAAACACCUAACAAAAUUGAAGUCUUUAUCUACUUCAGUCAAAAAAAUUCAGACAUGAUUAAAAAAAUUUUCCCAUUUAAUUUUUAUUGUCAUUUCAUUUUUCUGUUAAACUAAUGUUUAGCCUUUAAAAAAAAAUAAAUUUGUAAAAUUAUUUUGUUUUACCAUUAAUUAAUUAAAGUAAAAAAAACAACUAAAAAUAUAUUUCAUAAAACUGUAAAAAAUUUGUUACUUUGACAAUUGUUAUAAUUGUUUAAAUCUAUUCUACCAUCAUAAAAGUAUAUCAAAUUUUAUAUCAAUAAAAUGUUAAAAAAGAUUCAGUUAAAGCUGAUUUAGAGAUAGUUAGUUUACUAAAUUUUGAAUUUUGUAAUGACAGUUUUCAAGGUAUUACUAACAGAAUACAAUUUAAAUUAUCCCUGUUUAAAUUGUAUGUCAAGCAGCCAACCUUCCAUUGGGGGUCCUGCUGCAGCCACUGCCACUGCAGCUUACCCCAUACCCCAGUAUGCCUAUCAAAUGCCACAGCACAUGACAAUCCCUCAACACAUGAUGCCUAUGGGAAACAUGUAUCCUUAUAUGUCAGCACCAGCUAAUGGCUUGCAGCCUGUGGAUAUUAUGCACAUGCAUGAGGUUAGUACAGCUAUCUGUUUCCUGUCAGCCAACUAAUAAAUCACUAAACUUUUGGGAAACAGUACCAAAAAAAUCUUAUUUAAGAUUAGGAAGAAGAAAAAAAUAGUUUUGAAUGGUGUUACCUUGAAAAUAAAUUAAACUACAGAUUAUUUGUUUCAAAUUAGCUUUUUUACAAAUAAUUUUGUUUUGGUUUCAUUUUUUAAAUUAAAUUUCUUAUCCUCUGAUUAUUCCUGCUGUAGACUUCAGCUGCUGCUGAGUUACGGGAACUUCCAUUCACACCAGUCCAUGCUCUUGUUCUAGCUCCAGGUCAACAGCCAAAAGGGUAAAUAUUUUAUUUGCGUGAUGAUGUGUCUAUUUAUAAGAAUUUCUGUAUUUUUCCUAACACAUUUUCGUCAAUUUUUAUUAUUCUGUAAUAUUUCCAAAAGGCUUACAACAAUAUUGUUUAUUGAUCUGUCUUUUUCUUACUGAUUAUUCUCUAAUGUUAGAUUAGAACAAAUUUUCAAAUUUACAAUAAAUCCAUAAUUAAUAAAAACUUCAUCUCAUAGUUCUUUAAUUCCAAGUCAAGCAACCUAUUAGUUUAGAUAUUAACCCCCUCCAUCUCUUCAUGCCAGUGGUAGAGGUCUCUCAAGAGCUGCUUAUGCACGACUGUAUGCAGCAGGAUUUCCUCCAUUGUUAGACCGUAAUGGUGAUCCACCUGAAGUGAUUGACCCACACGGUCAGCAUCUAGUGAACUUGACCAAAGAGCAGUUGGACCCACUUCAAGCCAAUGAAAUCAUCUUUCAAUUCUUGGCUUUCACCAGGUCAGUUAUAUAAAGUUCAUGUAUAAUUUACUAGGGGUGUCUUAAGUGAUGUCACAGCAGGCGACUCAACUAUGGUAAAUCUGUAUAUUUUUUCAGCUUGUUUACAAGUUUUACACAUUUUGUAUUGUUCAAUUUUCAUUCAAGUAAAAAUGCAUGUGUUAAAUCUGCUACGGAUUAUUUUAGAUGUCUUGUGUUUAAAUUGUUAAAAUUCUUGGUUAAAAUAUCUAUUUAUUUGCUGAAAAGGAAUAUGUACAACGUAAUAAAAAAAAAAUUUCAAUUAUUUUGAUCAUUAAAAAAAUCUUGUCUUAUUUUAUUUCUGUACUGUAACUCACAGUUGGUUUCAUUUACUUUGUACAAUUUGUUAGGAAUCAUUUCCUGAUCAUCACCUAUUUUAUAUGUUUACUAUUGAAAUGAUGGUUACCGGAAAUUUGAUCGAAAGAAAUUUCGUCGACGGUAAAUUGAUCGACGGUAAUUUGAUAGACCGGAAAUUUAGUCGAAUCUUUUUUUCAGUUCACACAUUAAGAUUUUCGUCAAAUUUCUUUUUGAACGCACUAUUCUAUAUAGUAAAACAAAAUAAUUCGUUCAAAAAGACAUUUGAAGCAAAAUUUAAACGUAAAAACGGAAAAAAAGAUUCGACCAUAUUUCCGUUCGAUCAAUUUACCAUCGACGAAAUUUCUUUCAAUCAAAUUUCCGGAUACGUGAAAUGAUGGUUGAACUCUGCAGGUUUUUGAUAUCAGCAGGCAUGAUCUCCUUCAGAAGGGCAAAAGAAAUAUAUUUCUUGAGUCCAUGUGAACCAGUGCAUACUUACUAUUUUCAAAUUGUGCUCAUUAAUGGAAGCACAGAUAUUCAUUCUUAUAUAACCAACAAUUAUUAUACCUAUAAUUUUUUUAUUUAUAUUUUUGAAGAAUUUUAACCAAAAAAUGGUAUAUGCUCUGUCAUUUUCAGAGAGCCAUUUCUGGACUUAUCAGGGGCUCAAGGCAGUGUCCAUCCUGCCACUGUUUUCUUUACCUUUCAAUUCUAUCGCUUCCCACAGGUUACCACAGAGAGGUUAGUUGUAUUUUUAUAAUGCUAUUGGUAUGUCAGGUAUUAAUAAGGCCCCUAUUGAUGUGACUUUGGGAUUUUGACCUUUACCUUAGUUAAUCUAGAUUAAUGACCGUAUUUAUUAACAUAUAACACACACUUUUUCUCCCUAAAAAUAAGGGGAAAAUGAUGUGUGCGUGUUAUAUGCCGAUAUAAUGAUAAGGACCCAUAGUACAUAGCGCAUAGCAGCACGAAUAGUACGUGUUAUACGCUUUUGCGUGUUAUACGCCAAUAAAUACGGCAUAUUUCUGAACUUUAAGAAAUGCUGACAAAUGAAAAAGAUACUUUUUUUUUGUAAACAUGACUUUAAAAUAAAAAUCCCAGUUAUCAUGUAGGCAUAAGUUGUGGUGAAAGGCCUACAUUUUGUAAAUCAUAUAAGAAAACCUGUGAUAAUUAAGGAGCUAAAAUUAUGAAAGAAAUUACUAACAACAACUUGAUGACCAUAUAAAACGUUUCACAUUGCAAUCUGCCUCACAUUAUUUUUAUGAUUCUGUCUCCAGAAUGCUUUUAGCCAAAGCCCAAAAUGAUUUAUCCUCACAUCCGCAAGCUGUGCCAUUUAUCCUACAGAGACUCAAUCCUGACGGCUCUGUCAUGGAAGGUCCACCGGGCCUCGAGGUACAGAUCUGGCUUAUAAUUAGAAAAGUUGGUUGAUGAUAAAACCUCUUGCUUUUGAGAUGCACCUAAUCUGAAAAUCAACAAAAUAAAUGUUAUCAUUUAAAAGAAAAGUCCUUUUUAUUUGUUUUAUUUUACAUGUUCAAUGUUGAAAAUUAAUUUAUUUAUUUAGGUGAAGUAUCCUAUUGACCCAACCUACCUAAAGCCAGGGGAGGUCAAUCUGUUUUGGCAACACUUAGCGAGACAAACGAUGCAUAUAGAUGUGUGGGAUGGAGAUUCAUUGCUGCUCCUUGGUUCAGCUGCUGUAGAGCUCAAGGUAAAUUUUUGAUGUUUUUAUAACUUAUAUUUCAAAAUGCAAAUGUUUUUGUUUUUAUUUCUUUUCUAAAUCCAUUUUCUAUUUAAUAGUCUGAAUCUUUAAAAGUAUUAUUUGUUGAGCAUGACUACACAGCAUGAAUAAUUUAAUUUAAAGUUUCUUGGGAAAGUCUUGAUAUUUUGAAAUGUUGACAUUUUUUUAACUGCAUCAAUUAACUAAUAGUUAAUAUUAUUUUUCAGUACUUGUUUCGUGGAGGGAAUGAAGCUGUACAGACUACAUUUGAACUGGACGUACUGGCUACUGAAUACCAAGAGGAUUCUGGGGCUCUUACGGGAGACAUGAUUAGAGGAGGCAGCAUCCGUCCUGUAGGAGUCAACUGUUUGAAUCGAGGACGUCUACAUUUUAGGAUGGCUAAUAUUGGAUAUGUUGUGGACAAGAAGAAAAUUGGUCAGUGACUUUUUAAAAAUCAUUUGGGUUCUGUUUGGUGCUCAGGUAUUAUAUUUAAUUUAAUGUUUCUGAAUACUUUGUAAACAAAAAAAAAUGUGUUUAUUAGUUAGUGAAAUUUUGCUCUAAAGCCCAAUGCUAAGAAUUAAUAAAAAUGCUUUUUGAGAACCCAUUAAAGGGAAGGAUACUUAUAUAUAUAAAAAUUAUGAAAGUGCAGCAGGUCAGUUCUGCAUAUAUAUAUAUAUAUAUAUAGAUAUAUAUAGAUAUAUAUAUAGAUAUAGAUAUAUGUAUGCAGAACUGACCUGCUGCACUUUCAUUAUUUUUAUUUUGGAAGAAAUAUAAAAUGACAUGAUUUCAAAAUUUACUAAAAGUCUCACCAUUGUUAAUACAAAAUUUCCAAAUUAUAAUUUUUUUCCUCUAAAAAAACAACUGAUAUACAGAUCUCCAACCCGUUCCCAGUAAGACCCAGGUUAUUGUGUCUCAGACUGCUGGUAACUCUUCCUACAAAGGUGGAAGUUUGACUACAGUUAUUCCUCCUUCUGGUUAGUAUCAGUAUUGCUGUUAGAGUCUUGAAAUAAAAAGGCAAAGCGCCUUCAAAUUAUAUUUUAAAGGCUGCGGUUAUUCUUUCCUGGGUACCAGAAGUGAGAGAUUGGGAUUAAAAAACUAUUUAAAAUAUUAUUAUUGGGUUUGUAAGACAAAAUGAGGUACCAAAUCAAAGAUAAUUGAAUGGACUAUAUGUUUGUAAACUUAAUUCUUCAGUUUAACUAAAAUAAACUACCACAUAUGACAUCCAAAUAGCAUUGGUCUAAUGGGACCCUGGUGCAAAUGGCGGCGCUACGUGUCCGGGGCCAUUUUGACCAAAUGCUAUUCGGAUGUCAUUUGUGGUAGUUAAUUUCAGGUAAACUGAAGAAUUAAGUCUACAAACAUAUAGUCCAUUCAAUUAUCUUUCAUUUGAUUCUUCAUUUUGUCUUACAAAUCCAACAAUAAUAUUUUAAAUAGUUUUUUAAUCCCAAUCUCUCAUUUCUGGUACAUGGGUAAGAAUAGCCACUUCGUAUUUUAAAAGAGGCUUCCGUUUUAUAUUUCAUUAUAACAUAGAACUUUUAGAAGGAUAGGAUGAGAGGAAUUAUAACUUGAUGGUUACUCUUUUCCCCCAGGCACCAAAAAGGUGAGGGUUGCCAGGGCCAAGCAUUUAGCAGAGAACACAGAAGUGGCUUCCCUGCUGUUCUCUGACCAGAAAAAACUAGAGGCUCUAACACUAAAUGAUGAUGACGAGCUUGUCCCCAGGGAAGGAGAUGCUGAGAGGCAGAGGAAGUUAGCACGACUCCAAGCUGUGAAAGCAAAAGAAGCAACCGAGGAAGACAACAAGAAUGUUACAACAAUUAUAGUGAGUUGAUGUAAUGCAUCAUUUUUGAGUCCACAAUACUGUGCUCUCAAAAGAAUCUGACAUUAUUAGCAGAUAAAAUAAGAAAUAUUGUUUACAAAAUUAGUUUUUUCAACUAAUAAUAAAUUUUUUUUUAAAAAUCAAUAAUUAAGCCUUUAUAAGUUUCUUUAACUUGUAAAACUUUUAUCAACAUUAACAAUGAAAUGUUUAAAAAAAAUUUUAGUCUAUAUUUUGUUGCAAUUAAAAAUUUUUUUUUUUUUGUUUAUACUUAUACCAAUUUUACUUCACAAACACAAAAGGGUUACAGAAAGGAGAAAACAGAACGUGCGCGAGACUUCAAGACCAUGGAUAUCUAUCGUCAUCAGACCAAGCGUGAUGGCAUUAUCACAAUGUUAAACACUUCCAUCACAACAGAGCACACCAUUUUCCCAUCCUUUGGUACAGCAGAAUUUUUUGAGUUUGUUUUGAGAAAUCCGUUCAACCAAGAGGAGACCUUGACUAUAGAAAUCAAUGAUCCAGAGCUGUUGUGAGCACACUUUGGCUACUAUUUUGUAUAUGCCUUCAUGUAUAAAUUAAUGAAUAGAAUUAGAUAUAUUUCUUGCCGAUUAAUUACCAAAUGUUUGUUUUAAUGUAUAUAUUUUCACUGUCAUUAGUAAAAUGCUAACAAUAUUUAAGCCAAUCUUUAUUUGGGCAAGAUUUUAUUUUUCUGUGAGGCAGGAUUUUAGAGAUAGGUUUACCAUUAUAAUUUCCAGGAGGGAUGCACCAAUAAAUUCUUCUCUGGACCAGCACUAGAUAAUUGCAGCUAGACAGAUCAUUAUAGUAAAUUUAUUAGUCUCUAAUUUUAAUUCUCAAGUGGUAAAUAUGGUGAAGAUAGACCAGAUUGCAUUUUUAGUGCACACCUUUUCAAUACAUUUUUUUUAAAGCUUGAUUGUUGAUGCUCGUGAAUGGCGACACUACAAACAGCUGUGCCAGUUAAGCACUCCAUUAGAGGAGGGAAUGUUCACAUCAGCCAGCAGUGACCAGAGCAAGCCCCAAAUCUUUCUCAGACCAAAGGAACAAGUCAAUAUUCCACUCAAGUUUCAGACAUUUAAAACAGACAUGUCUGUGCAACCUCAGGUUGGUCUUUAGCAUAGACUUCCAAAUACAUUUUUUGCUAUGGAAGUAUUUCAUAUAAAUCUGAGAUUUUUAUUGCAUGUUGAAAAGUUUUUUUAAAUAAGAAAUCAUAAUUCAAAAUUGAGUCAAUAAUGUUACCGGUAUCUUAUUAUCAUAAAAAUGCCAUAUUUUUCAUCAAUGUUUUUAACAUCUCUAUAUUUUCAGGGUCCUUCUAAUCCAUUUAAUAAAAGCACCAGACAUACAGAAAUGGAUAAAACUUUAGAAUCUAGGAUUAUCAGGGUAAAAUAAGAUUAUUACUUGAUGCCCUCCACAAAUUGAAACUGAAUUCAUCUCCUUUCUUAAUUUUUAUCAUAAACAUUAAAUUUCUUUAUUCUUGGUAGAAACAAAUUUCUAUAGCUUUGAUGAAUUUUAAUACAAUAGUUUUUUUGCUCCAUAAUCUGCUACAAUGUACAGUUUUCUGACCUCUAAAUUUUGUUUACAUAACUUAUUUUAUUUAUAAUGUGUCAUAUCUAAAAAUCUGUAGUCUUGUUACCUUGAGUGUCCUAAUUUUAUGUAGAGAUUGAAUAUGUUUUUUGUGAUAAUUUUAUUGAUUUGUUUAUCAUUAUCCAAUGGGUAGGUUUUAUUUAGAUCGGAAGAAGGCAAAGCUGUGGCUAUCCUAAAUGUUAGAGUAGAACCACAGCCACAUGUAGUCGAUCAAACAUUCAGGUUUCAUCAUCCAGAGAACUCUUUUCUAAAGAAAUCAGUUCGAUUACCUCCCUUUACCACACUCCCAGGUAAAAUAAAUUUAAUGAUGAUAUGAAUGAUAUAUUUUUCAUGGGAAUACGAUUUUAAAAAAAAAAAAAAAGUUCAUAUAACUAUAAUAGAUUCUAUAAAUAAGAUUAUUAUAAUAAUUUUACAUCACAUUAGAAAGUAAAAAUAUAACUGCUUACUUUAGAACAAUUAAAUGUGCACAGGUGGCCCAGUAGGUGGCGCAGGAAUAAGCCAGGUGUAUGUGAGAUGUAGUGAUCAAAAUGUCAUCUUGGAUUGUAAACCCACACAACCUGGGGAACCACACGACAUAUUUCUGAAGGUUGGUAUCAUGAUCAUUGACCUAAGACUUGUGUAACAAUGUUUUUAUCCAUCAUAAUGCUUUAACUCUUUUGCUACCAAGUUUCAUUCCCUCCAAAAUACUGAAUUUUUUUUGGUCAUGUGAUGUGGUUUCUUGAAUAUUUAAGGCUGCUUGUUCUGGGAAAAUGUGCCAAAUCCAAACAUUUGAUCUAAUAAUUUAACAAGAUGACCUGAGUGUGAUUUAAUGGUAUCUCAAAGCAUUCCAUGAUCACUGCACAUACAUGAUUUUACUAAUACACUUUUACUUCUUUUAUACGACUGUCAUAAAUAAAACAAAUCAAAAUAAUUUAAACCAAUUUUAUUAAUUUCCUUACAUUAAGUUAAAAAUUAAUGACGGUAAUUAAUUAUUUUAAUUUGGUAGAAUGUUCAUAAUCAAAAUUAUCGGUAGCUGUAUUCUUGUUAGUAGAAAGUGUCAGUAAGUUUGCCACCCUGUCAUCCACUAUGUUUUAUUUCAGGAACUGAAUUGCAUGGAUAUAAUAAGCAUUGAUAUGAGCUUUACAAAUUUUUUUAAAAUGAAAAGAAAUAAUUGCUGAUUAUUAUCACUUGUGCUUCAUGUGAACUAAUUCAAUUUAUACUCCUAGUAAAACAUAGAAAAUAUCCACCUAUAUAUAAAUAUAACUACCCCGUGUAGCACCAUGCAAUUUAGAAUUCAAUCUUCUUGCAUAAUGUGACAUAUUUUGUACAACAUGCAGAGGACACUUUUAUUUGCAAUAUGUACGUUAAAGGUACCAAACUGGAUUAAAACAUAUUUCAUAGCUCUGAACUAAUGCCAUAUUUUUUUAAAAAAUCCUCCAGGUUGCCUUAGCUGCAUCUCCACAAAUCAAGCGUUUCUUUGUUUGUGCCUAUCUGGACCCAUUUUUGUCAAGGCCUGCUCAGAUAUGGCAGUGCUAUGUACAUGCCCUUCAGCGAGUGGAUGUUACGUGUGUGGAGGGCCAGACUUCUAGAAUAGCACUGCUGCUUAAGUGAGUGUUAAUCAAAAAUUAAAUUUUUCAAUCAAAAAUUUAGCAAAGCUUUUAUGUUUCACAAGUAAAUUUUUAUUUUUUUAUUUUCAAAUGUCUGGUGUAAAGAGAUAAAUCAUGGAUAAGUGUUCUUAUUUUUAUAUUCUAUGUUCAUAGUUCUUUGUUGAAUAAUUUUAACUUUGAAAGAAUAAAUCUAUUUAUUUUCAAUUAAUAUUUUGGUAUAGAAUUUUCAAUCAAUUUCGGUACCUCCUGGUUAUAUAAUUUAAAGUUUUAUUUUUGUAAAUGUGUAAAUAUUUAUUUAUGUUCAAAUAAUUGAAUUGCUUAGUCAAAUUAAAACUUGUAAUUUUAAUUAUCAUGUUAACUUCAUCAGAAAUUGUUACCAUGUUGAAUAAGUCAAUAUAUACAUUAGUCUGCAUAAUUGGUUUAUUUGUUAUCAUUUAAAAGGAAUUCAACUGUCUUUAUUAUAUCCAGGGGAACCCAAGCAUCAAGAGUAGUCAAGUGUUACACUUCUCAUCCCCAAGAGUUACAGAUCUCCCCACAAGAUCCUUUCAUCCUAGCAGCAGGAACAGUUCAUGAACUUACACUGGCUGUCAGGCCGCUGAGAACAGGCAGCAAGUUUUUCUACCUGAACGUGGUUGAUGUUGAAUACCAUCAGUUGGUGAGGACAUGGCUUGUAUGUGCCAGCUGUCGGUCUCCCAUUGUCUCUAGGGCCUUUGAGCUGACGCUGCCGGUGGGAGGAGGAAAAAACAGCAGCAAGCGCAUAACAUACACCAACCCAUACCCCAUGACAAAAAGAUUCAGGCUGUUGUGUGACAGAAAUGACCUUCUGCAGUUUAAAGAAUCUCUGCUGGAGCUUGAGGGUGGGGCCUCACAUGCCAUUGGCCUGAGAUUUUUGCCUGUCAUGCAGCCAGGUGCUGCUGAGAUAAUGGUGUUUAUUAAUGAUGAGGAGGACAAGAAUGAGGAGACAUUCAGAGUUACUGCCACUUACAAGUUUAUGUAAUAUACAUCAUGCAAUUUUAAAUUACUUUUUCUUUUAUAAAGUACACAAAUGUAGCAAUUUUAAUUAAACUUUUAAGACAGCUUUAAAGAAAUUGUUAAUUUCCCAUGAAUAAAGAUAAACAUCAUAAGAUUUAAGUUCUAAAUUUAAGAGUUCACAUUCUUGAAAGGCUGUAACUACUAAAAAGUUAUUCUGAAAUGUCAUCACUUAUGCCAUGGCAUUACAGCUUUAAUGUUGUAGGAAUGCCAUUAAAGAAGAAAAAAUACCAUAAUAUAUAUCAGUAGUAAUCUUUUUACUGUUACUAGUGUUACCGGUAAUGAACUAUUUCACUUAGAUGUUUGAAAAAUAAAGUAUAAUAUUUUAAUUAAAAUUGUAAGAUGACAUUACUUCUACCUCACCAAUGAUUUGUCAUUUUGAGUUUAAAAACUUUUUUAAAAUUGAUUUUGAACAGAGGAAUAGUGUUGAUAAACCCAGUCAAUAUAAAAUCAUAAGAUACUGUUUUGUUCAUAUUUUAUAAUGCCGUCCAGCAGUUCUUUUGACUGUCAAUUGUCUAACAACAUUUUAUCGAAUGUGAAUGAAAUGACAUCUAGAUUAAUGUAUGCAUAUAUUUGAAAUUAAUAAAGAUCAAAUAUUUUUCAUUGUAGUUUAAAACAACUGAGCUUAUGACAAUUAUAUUACCAGUUUUCUCAAAUUAUUCUACAUCCACAAGGUACUAAAAUUAAAUCAUGUUCUAGUGUCUCAUAUAAAAUGUAAAUAUAAUUAGUCUGUGAUAUGUUGUAAAAUAGUAUAUACUCUACUGUGAACAAAUGGUUUAGUUUUCAUUUAGUCCAUCAUUUUAUAAAUAUUGUUUUCUGCAGCUUUUUGUUUUAAAAUUAUUCGUAAACCAUAUCAUUUUAUUAAGAAUAAAAAAUAUAUGGAAUAGGAAUCAUAAACAUUAUGUUUGAGAUUCUGCUGCUGUUUAAUGGGCUUUGACACGUAUGUAGUUUCCCUUCUGAUGAUUGUAGAAAUAUAUAUAUUUUUUUUAAAAAUACAUUUUUAGUUACUUUACUUUUGAAUAUUUCUUAAUGUAAGCCAAAUACAUUUCUAUUUUGGCCAUUUACAAAAAAAUGUGAAAAUUGCCUUGAUAUGUGCACACUUGAUAAAGUUCACACGUUUAUAAAAAUAUGCACUUUAUUUAUUCAACAUAGCAGGACAAACGCAUAUGCCUAACUUUACAACAACUGUGCAGGGGAGUAAAAUCUCACUGUUCAAUGUAGUCAAUGAAAUGGUAGUUAUAUUAAUACAAUGAUGUGCCUUCUGAUGUGGCAGAAAUAUUAUGUCUUAUAGAUCUUUCUCUAUAACUUUUUAGUUUCAGCUGUUGUUGAUGUAAUG